UUGAAGACAAGAGGCAGAGACAAAAUUAUUGGAAAAGUUGAACUGGAAAGCCAAAGGGGGCAUCGAGAUUAUACGACGCAAUGCACACAACUGUAGUGUUUAUAAAGCAAUUGGUUUGUGGGGAAUUUUAAUUAAUGAAAAGCAGACAAAUAGUUAUGGAGAAGAUGAAGAAUUUCACUGCACCGACCCCAGCAGAUGACGGAAGCUUUUACUUCCCCAACAAUCUGAGAUCCAUUCCGCCUUUGAAAGUAGUGAAACUGGCAGAUAACAAAAGCCGAGAUGCUUCGGAUGGGGAUAACCAAGACCCUUCCAACCCGAAUUUCAAUCGGUCCGUACUGAUCAUUGGCAUCAUUCUCAUCUUCAUUUUGUGUUUCAUUGCUAUCUUGUCCAUCUAUGCCCGCCGCCGAACAAGGAGAGCUUUCGGGCAAGCGGGUAAUAAUACCAAUUACUGGGAUGGGACACAGGGUCUGGAUCCAGCCAUCAUUGGGAGUUUUCCGGUUUUCAGCUACAACAGGGUGAAGGGCCUCAAAGCACGGCCCAAAUUCUCUGACUGCGCCGUCUGCCUCACCGAUUUCAAGGAGCACGAGAUGUUACGGUUGCUUCCCAAGUGCAGCCACGCGUUUCAUCCAGAGUGCAUCGAUUUGUGGCUCUCCUCCAACACAACUUGUCCCGUUUGCCGAACGAGCCUUCUGCCCGGUGACGACCCCGAACCAACUGUAGCGGACUUCGAUGUCCUCCAACCGCAGACGCCGCCGGCGCCUCCAGAGGAGCUUACGGUUGUUAUAGACAACGGACUCCGAUCGAGCAAUCAUAUGGAUUUUGCGAAAAACGAAGCAACGAUUGAGACUUCGGGCCAUGAUUCAACGGGGUACUCGUUGUUAAGGGUGCGUAAGGAAAUGGAUCAGGGCACGCAGUGGUUCAUCGCGUCGGGUGAGGGCCUCACGCCCGGAUUGAACUGGAGCUGCAGCUUUGUGGCAAACCGUAAAAUUUCGCAAGACCCAGCUAGUUCUAGUGCGCCGCCAACGUGGUCUAAGGUGGGCGACUCUUUGGUACACACGGGGCGCAGAUCUACGUCCGAAAGAUGGGGGAGCGUUUAUGUGCGUCCGCCAUCGUUGGAAAGAAGUUUUUCUGAGCGAUUUUCAUAUGAGAGCAGAGAUCAAAUCGGGUCCGAACAGCGGGAUAGCUCGUUUGAAGAGGAUGUUGAGUUGGUCGAUGGGAAGAGACAUACGAGGAGACGGGACGGACCGUUCGGAGGACGGAUCGGUGUCCCAUGGGGUUCGAAGUUUGGAUAACUAUGCCGCAUGGUACCAGGUGUUGUAUGCGCCGCUUAGAGGAGAUCUCGGAGCUGCGCUUAAAGUGCCCAAAUCUCUGGUCGACUCUACCGGUCCUAUAAAUGCUGGUAGAACAGUUAUGUAUUCGACCUAGCAACUCGGUAUCAUAUAAAUGAAAGUAUAAGGCAAAUAUUUAUCGUACAGUGUACAUUGAAAGUUUGUAAAUAGUAUUUUGAUUAGACUGGCACGCAUAAGGGUCCGGAUUUAUUGCAUAACGAUUGUAAAGAUUGUUUUGAUUAGAUUAGCAUGUGGAAGGGUCCACAUCUAUUGUAUAACAUUUGUAAAGAGUAAUAUUUUAUAAUUGGAUAAAAA